AUGCCAAAAACCGCCCAGACAGCCACCUCGCACCCAUCUACCCAAACCACCUCCACCAUGCAUCUACCCAAACCAACCUUCCACCAACCACCCAAACCACCUCCACCAUUCUACCCCAAACGCACCUACCACCAUCCACCCCCAAACCACCUCCAUCCAUCCACCCAAGACCACCUACCACACUCCCACCAUCCACCCAAAACCACCUCCACGCCACAACCACCUUCCACCACCACACCCAAAACCACCUCCCACAUUCCACCCAAAACCACGCUGCGACCCAUCCACCCAAAACCACCCUCGACCAUCCACCGGCGCAAACACCACCUCGCCACCAUCCACGCCAAUACCGUACCCUCCACACCAUCCACCCAAACCACCUCACCUCCACCAUCCACCCAAACCCAUCCUGCCUACACAUCCACCCAAACCAACCUCCACCAUCCACACUCCACCCAAGCCACCUUCGACCCAUCCCACCCCAAAUCCAACCUCCACCAUCCACCCCAAACCAUACAUCCACCACCUCUACCCAAAUCACCAUCCACCCAACGCAUUCUAAACCCAAACAAAACCAAGCCUCCACCCGCCAAACCACGCUCCACCAGUGCCACCCAAAACCACCUCCACCUUCCACCAUCACCCAAGCCAAAACGCUCCAGCCAUCCACCCAAACCACCUCCACCAUACCACACCAAACCAUUCUGCCACCAUCUUACCAACCACCUUCCACCACUGCUAACCCUAAACCACCUCCACCGUCCACCCAUCCACCCCAAACCACCUCGACCAUCCACCCCAAAACCACCUCCGACCAUCCACCCAAACCACCUCCACCUUGCCACCCAAACCACCUCCACCAUCCACACCAAACCCACUCUCCACCAUCUACCCAAACCACACUCCACCUCGACCAUUCCACCCAAACCCACCUCGCGACCAAUCCACCCAAAACCACCUCCACCAUGUUCCACCCACAACGCACCUCCACCAUGCCACCCAAGACCACCUCGACCAUUCCACCCAACCACCUCCACCAUCUUCCACCCAAACCACCUCCACCACCUCCAACCCAAAACCGACCUCCACCCUGUCUACCCCAGAAUUCCCAGACUGGUCAAAUCAAGCAGGCUAGUGGGUUCAUCUACCGAAUUCCACCCUUCCAACAGCCCCCACAUGACUUCCAAAUAA